AUGAGUCAAGAGACUACUACUAACCCACCACCCUUAUUGGACGACGACUCUAUCAUACAGAUUUCUCUGGCUCCCAAAGACUCUUCUGGACAAGUUACCAUUGGCUCUACAGGGUUUGAACCCGGCAGUGCUCUUUCCAAGCUUUUGGAUCUGGCAAUUGCUCAUGCUGCUAAGGAGUCCACUCCAGAACAAGAAGGUACUAUCAAACGGACAAAGGGAAAGGGAAGACUGAGAAGUACUGGUAAUAAUAGUAAUAGCAAUGCUAAUAAUGCUAGUAAUAACAAUAACAAUACUAAUAAUAGCGACUCAGGGAAUGGAGGACGUAUCACAGCUGAUUUGGUUGAUCCAUCUGAAUGCACUUGUAAAGAGCAUGUUUAUUCCAUUAGUUUCUUGCUUGAAUUGAGAGAUUCUCCUUUAGUGGAAAAUUGUACUUCUAAAUUGCCAGAUAAAUCCUUUUGGGUGAGGCAAAAGGCUCAAGCUAAUGCAUCAUCUAAUGGUCCUGGGAACAGAAGAAAUGCAAAUAGAAGAGAAAGGCUGCAUAACCAACAUGAAAACAAGUCUGAAAUGUGGGAAAAAAAAUCAAACAAGUUUCUGGGUAAUGAUUUAGAUGGUUUAUCCAAUGAAAAGAUCUCACAAUUGUUAGGUGAGAAUCCUGAAGAAAUGGUUCCUGAAUGGGACUCAGAAGUUAUGCAUUCUAGUGUUGAAAUGAAUAUGGGUUCCACAGUUGAAGAUUUCGAAAGAUGGAAAUCAAUGAUGAGAGAAGAAGAACGUCGGAAGAAUGGCGAAAUCAUUGAUGAAGAUCAAAGUGGAAAAGACUCUCUUCUGGCGGAAAACGCUGGUAACGCAGUGGAUUCCUUCUUUUCCUUUGUUAAACCAAAACAUAAUGAUGAGAAAUCGCCAAUUACACCGACAGCUCAAACAUCAAAGAUUGAAACUUCUAGUAAGAGUUCAAGAUUCUCAUCAUUCUUUUCAGCUGGUCCUGGAGUGGAUAACAACUUAAAACCAAGUACUCCACAGUCGAUGAAAGCUCCUCAACAUGGAACUGGUUCAUCUAAAUUCUUCUCGCAGCCCACUGGGCCACAAUAUCAACACCUGCCAGUUACUCCAAGUACUGGAAUUAAUGAUAUUCAAUCUCAACCUCAGCCUCAACAGCAACUACAUCAACAACAACAUAAGCAGCAACCCCAACAGCAUAUUCAACGACAACAACAAGCUUCAGGUCAUCCUGUACCUGGUAAUGCCCAAGUACCAUUCCCUGCUGGUUUUCCAGCACCUCAGAAUCACCCACCUCCACCUCCUCCUGGGUUUCACUUCCCUAUAGGCGGACCUCAACCGAUGCCUGUCCCCAGCAAAGUCGAUGGUAAGGUUGGUGGAAAUUCUGGUGACUCCUUCUUCAUGUCAUUGUUGAAUAAAAAGGAACCCCAACCCAAUAGUGCGUCGUCGUCAUUACCUAUGCAAACGAGUGGAGGAGCAAGCAAGCCAACUCAACAACAAGAAGUUGGACAAGAUAAGCUCCAUAAAUUACAAGGCCAACAGCAGCAGCAUCCCCAACAAUAUUCUCCUGCUCAGCAUAUCCAACCAGGUGAGCUUCCACCCUGGAUGAAACACGGCCAACAGGGUCAACAAGGGCACAUGCCUGGUUUCCCCAUGCCACCAAAUGGUCAACAGGGCGGAGUUAAUUUCCAGGGCCCACCACCUCCAGGAUUUUUACCUCCAAAUAUGCCAUACCCACCAAAUAUGAACAGACAAGGGCCACCUGGGAUGUUCCCACCGGGGUUUGUCCCUCCUCCGGGAUUCUCAGGCUUUCCUCAACACCAGCAGCAACAAGAGCAGCAGCAGCAAGGUAAUGGUAAUUUCCCUUCAUAUGGGUAUGGGGCUCCACCACCCUCAUUUGCCCAACAUCAACAACGGCCACAGCAAGCUCAACAGCCACCACCUCCACAGAAAUAA